AUGGCAGGUGAUCUGCUCCAGCCCUGUGGAAUGAAGCCGGUGCGUCUCGGCGAGGCUGUGGUGGAUCUUCUUAUCCAAAGGGCUCGUAACGGCACUGAAAGGGCUCAGGAUAAUGUGUGUGGAGCUACAGCCACAAUACUGCUGCUACUACUCUGCCUGCUGCUGGCCAUCAGACACCAUCGACCACACAAAUCACACAUUCCAGGUCCAUGCUUCUUUUUUGGUCUGGGUCCUAUUGUCUCCUACUGUCGGUUCAUCUGGUCUGGGAUCGGGACUGCCAGCAACUACUACAACAACAGAUAUGGAGACAUUGUGCGGGUCUGGAUCAAUGGUGAGGAAACUCUCAUCUUGAGCAGGUCAUCUGCUGUAUAUCAUGUAUUAAGGAAGUCUCUGUACACUUCGCGCUUUGGAAGUAAAUUGGGUCUGCAGUGCAUCGGGAUGCAUGAGCAGGGCAUCAUAUUCAACUCAAAUGUGGCUCUCUGGAAGAAAGUCCGUGCAUUUUAUGCUAAAGCUCUCACAGGUCCAGGGCUUCAGAGGACUCUGGAGAUCUGCACCUCAUCCACAAACUCACACCUGGACGAUCUGUCUCAGCUGACGGAUGCUCGAGGACAGUUGGAUAUCCUCAAUUUACUGCGGUGCAUCGUGGUGGACGUUUCCAACAGACUGUUUCUAGGAGUCCCGCUCAAUGAGCACGAUCUGCUUCAGAAGAUUCAUAAAUACUUUGACACCUGGCAGACAGUAUUAAUCAAGCCUGAUGUCUACUUCAAACUGGACUGGCUGCACAAGAAGCACAAGAGAGAUGCUCAGGAGUUGCAAGAUGCCAUCGCGGCUCUGAUCGAGCAGAAGAGAGUUCAACUGGCACAUGCAGAGAAACUCGACCACCUCGACUUUACAGCAGAGCUGAUAUUUGCUCAGAGCCACGGAGAGCUGACUGCAGAGAACGUCAGGCAAUGUGUGUUGGAGAUGGUGAUCGCUGCUCCAGACACUCUCUCCAUCAGUCUGUUCUUCAUGUUGCUGUUACUUAAGCAAAAUCCAGAUGUCGAGUUCAAGAUCCUGCAGGAAAUGGACAGGGUUUUAGCUGGUCAGAACCUCCAGCACUUGCAUCUGUCCAAGCUGCAGAUCCUGGAGAGUUUUAUCAAUGAGUCUCUACGUUUUCACCCGGUCGUGGACUUCACCAUGCGGCGGGCGCUGGAUGAUGAUGUCAUCGAGGGCUACAAUGUAAAGAAAGGAACAAAUAUCAUACUGAAUGUGGGCCGGAUGCACAGAUCCGAAUUCUUCUCCAAACCCAAUCAAUUCAGUCUCGACAACUUCCAGAAGAAUGUGCCAAGCCGUUUCUUCCAGCCGUUCGGAUCGGGUCCUCGAUCAUGUGUGGGGAAGCACAUCGCCAUGGUCAUGAUGAAGUCUAUUCUUGUGACUCUGCUGUCUCGUUUCUCCGUGUGUCCCGUGAAGGCCUGUACCGUAGAAAACAUCCCACAAACCAACAACCUGUCACAGCAGCCGGUGGAGGAGCCGUCCAGCCUCAGCGUGCAGCUCAUCCUCAGAAACACUCUCUGAACAACACAUAUACAUACACACACUCGCCAUUACAUAUUUAUCCACUGCUUCUGGAUAUUUGUUGAAAUGUGUACUUUAUUGGGAAUGUAAUGUAACUAUUGGUAUAAUGUAUGAUAUCGUGCCUGUUUCUUCAUUUCUGUAACUAUUAUAAUGUAUAAU